AUGGGGCUCGACUACUUGGUCCAGGCGACCAUCAACCAGUUGGGCUAUGGCGGCGCCGAUGGAGAAUAUGAGGCCGAGGCCGAUGUACACGAAUCCGUCAUUGACCUGCUGAGGUUCUUGCGCAACGAUGACAGUGAUUUGACGGUACGCAGCAUGUGCUGUGAGCGGAAUUUAAUCCGAAAAGACUUGAUUCCGAUGCUCAAGUCUUCAACGUUGAACAAGAAACUGUUCAAUCCAUGUAUCCGCCUGAUCGCCAACCUGAGCAUCCCGAUCGACGGGUUCUUCAGGAAGCAAGAGGCUGAUAAGAUCAAGGAUAAAGCCGAGAAAAUCCAAAAACUCCAAACGUUCUGGUUCAAGAACAAGCUGGCCUUCUGCGACACUGAAUUCUUCUCAAUUUUGAAGCUGCGCCUGGAGCAGCAUUUCCUUGAAACUCUUUGGGAAGAACGGCUCGAGGAGGACAACGACGAGAUGAGGUUGAUCUGUCUCCUUCUCAAGAACAUCAUCUAUUUCCCUGAGAAUUCGACUCUCGAUCGCACAGAGUAUGCGAGGCGACGUGAAAGCGUCAUCACAUCGUUUUUGGAGUCCGAAAUCCUCAAGGUCUUCGUUUUUAUCGGGGAAAGCGCAAAAGAUCACGCAUUUCAUCUGCAUGCCUUGGAAAUCUUUGGAUUGCUUUUCCGAACAAUCGACCCGGCAGUCGUGUGCGAUACUGCCAAAAAUGCUGGAAAUUCGGAAGGACGUAAGAAGGCAGAGGCGGAGAUGAUGCGGUUGGUCCAAGAAGAAGAAAAUAGGAAUCUUAUGUUGAAACAAAGCGCCACAACUACACGACAUUCCCGGUUUGGCGGCUCAUACUUCAUCAAGGGCAAAUCGUCAAUUGAUGCUUCUCGACCUAUGAUUUGCACCAGAAUCGUGAAAGACCCGGCCAAGGAACUGGAUUUCAACGAUCAACGGAAACACAAGAAAAUUCAGCCGAAGAACAGACGUAUUGAAGAAGAUACGUCGAGCACCUCACUGGUGAUGACCGUCGAAUUCGCGAAAAUCUUGGAUCAGAAUAUCAAGAUGAUCAUUGAGAAAACAUACAACAACUUGGCGAGGAAUUGUCGCGAAAAGGCGUUGGUUCUCGCAAGCGUGCAAGAAGACCUACAGAUAGACCGCGACCUCAGCUAUUGGACCUUCAUCGCCUUUUCCAUUUCCUUUGUUCGUCACGCGAAAUUGGGCUCCGACUAUGUGACCGCUUCCAUCGGCAAGGAGGUCUUCCAUUUUACACAGGUGAAACUUGCGGAAUACCUGGAAAUGGGGCUUGCCGAUAAAUCGAAGACGAAGUUCCUGGCGAAGAGGGCGCUCUUUGCAAUGCGAGCCUACAAGGAGUUGCUUUUAUACCAUCGUUUUUUGAAAGAAGAAGGAACUCUGGUCGAAAAAGAACGGGCCGACGAAACGUUUGACUACAUUCUCCGCGUGGAAGAAUAUCGGGACCUGUCGAUUUCCCUCUUCAAACAAAUCAAGCCGGCCAUCGUGUCGAUGGGAUUUCUGCGCGAACUGAUUACCGCCACCCACUACUACCUGAAAAUCUUCAAAAAGUCUUGCAAGGAAGGCGCUCUGAAAGUGAUGAAAAAACAACGGAAGAAGAAGAGCGCCAAGAAGAAAACUGUCAAAGAAGAGAGCGCUUCUCUUCUGAAGGCGGAACGGAGACGCAUGAAGAAGCUAGACAAGUUGCCCGAAGAAAAGCUCCAGUCUCUCUGGAAAGAGCAUACCGGAAAUCUCGAGGAGUUUUCGGAGGAGACAAUUGACACGAGUGACAUGGCGCCGGUCGAUUAUAGGCUACAAGUGGCCGAUGAUGACCAGAAGCUCUUCCUCAUGUUGCGCAUUCAACGAACAUUGCGCGACGGAAAUCUAGCAAUGGCAGCAUCGCUCAAUAAAGCCGGACGGGAGCUCUACCCUGAUGAUGGCGUAUUUGGUGUGGCCGCCAUGUCAUCCGACGAUUUGGCUCAACAUCUAAAGGAGAUCUUCUUCACGGAUUUCACAGAGGUCGUCACCAAGCUAGAAAAGGCCGAAGAUGAAGUGCAGGAGAAGCUGAACGAGGGCUUGGAAGAGAAAUAUGACGGUAAUUCCGACGACGAGGAUGAGGACGAUGACUUUGAUGAAGUGGAGGUGGAGAUUGAGUACACGAUGUACAUGAAACAAUUUUUGCGUCCCGAUGUGCUGCAAUGGUACUUCAUGCUGAUGCGGAAUUUCCAGCGCAACUCGACAGAAGUGAAUCUGGCGAUCACCACCAUGCUCUUCAACGCGGCCUUUGACCUGAAGGAGCCGACGCGGAUUUAUCAGGUCACGCUCUUCAACAUGUUACAUGAAAUUGAUCAAGCCUACUCGGCCCUCCCACAAGAAUCAAGAAAAUCCAGCCGCCUCUACGAGCUGCACAAAUUUGGGAAUUACUUCUUGAAAAAGUUCUUCGAGGGAUACGAGAAAGGUGGUGACUUGGCGGCUGCGCGCUGCCUUUUCUGGAAGAACAAGCAAGACAUUCUCGCCUUCGACCAUGGCAUCACAGAUAUCGCGGAAGAAGGAGAUGGUGCACCAAAGAAACGCGGCAAGGGCAAGAAGAAGGCAAAGAAACACGUGGAGACCCUGGACUUCGAUCCAGAUUCUGAUGGAGAGCGGGGACUACAAGCUGUGGACCCGGAUGAUCUGAUCCCGGCGCCCAGAAAAUCACUUCCCAAGCGAAAGCGCCGCGCUGUGAAAUCGCCGGCGUCUGGAUCGGAUGAAGAGCCCGAAUUUGCGCAAGAAAUGGCCAAUUCUUCCCGAGAGCCUUCACCCGCUCGGGAAGAUCCUAUCAUGCAGGACCAUGAAAAACGCCGUCGUGUCCAGGCGCUUGACUCCGAUUCAGACAUAGAUAUAAAUGACCCAACGCAUGCAUUGACGGUGAAAGAUGUCUCUCCCAGACGUCCGCGGAUUCUCGUAUCUGACGGCUCGGGCGGAGAAGACAUGGAAGAGUCUACAGCACAAGAAGUCUCGACAUUGCCUCAAAGGCGUCGUCUCGUUUCCUCGGGCUCCGAGGGCGAUGAGAAGGAAAACGUCACGCAUAUGAUUCGGAAAUCUGCAGAUAAUUCACCGAGCAAUUCUCCGAUGCGCAAAAAGGCUCGCCAAGUCUUGUUCGACAGCGACUCCGAUGGACUU